AUGGACUCUCCAAGAGGCUCACACUUGGACAAUGGCAAGUCCCCAACUCCACCUGUUGGCUUCCGCCCCCAGAACGGUGGUAUUAUCAAGGUGCAGCCACCACGACGAGAAGAUCUACAACCCUCGUACGCCCAAACUCUCCAGGGCGACGAGGAGGGCGCAGUCCAAGGCUGGUAUGGAUCGAUGAUCAAUUCCCUCGGUUCCUGCAUCGGUUUCCUCGGUGCUAUUCCAUGCUGUGUCUGUUGCCCUAACCCCUACAAGCCUGUGUCGCAAGGCAAUGUGGGCCUGGUCACCAAGUUUGGUCGCUUCUCCCGCGCCGUCGAUCCUGGCUUGGUCAAGAUCAACCCUCUGUCUGAGAGACUCAUCCAAGUCGAUGUCAAGAUUCAGAUCGUCGAGGUUCCUCGUCAAGUUUGCAUGACAAAAGACAAUGUCACACUCAACUUGACCUCGGUCAUCUACUAUCAUAUCACAUCUCCUCACAAGGCGGCCUUUGGUAUUUCCAAUAUCCGUCAAGCGCUGGUAGAACGAACCCAGACCACCUUGCGACACGUCGUCGGUGCGCGUGUCUUGCAAGAUGUGAUCGAACGCCGUGAGGAGCUUGCCCAGUCCAUCGGUGAGAUCAUCGAGGAUGUGGCGUCCGGUUGGGGUGUCCAGGUUGAGUCGAUGCUCAUCAAAGACAUCAUCUUCAGCAACGACCUACAAGACUCGCUCUCCAUGGCCGCCCAGUCCAAGAGAAUUGGUGAAUCCAAGGUCAUUGCUGCUCGCGCCGAAGUCGAAUCAGCCAAACUUAUGAGACAAGCUGCCGAUAUCUUGAGCUCUGCACCAGCCAUGCAAAUCAGAUAUCUCGAAGCCAUGCAAGCUAUGGCCAAGACUGCCAACAGCAAAGUCAUUUUCUUACCGGCCAACAAUCAGACUGUUUCUCCAGAAAUGAUGAAUGCAGUUCAUCAGCCAAGCACCGGUGGAGAACCGAGUGGUUACAACUCGAAACAAAACACUGGUGGAAAUUCUUUCAGUAUGGGAGCCAAUGAUGGAUUCCAGCAGGCUAUGAAUGCCAGGGUCAUUGAGAAUAUCUGA